GUUCGCCGUGACCACCUUCAGAGACGUCUUGGCACAACUCAGGGCUGCUGACCUCACGCACCUGGCUCCGAGACUGGUGGACCAGGGCGUCCGCAACAUCGAUCAGAUGAACGGCCUGCUGGGACGCUCCAUCCCCAAGCACACCACAGAGAUCAGGACACGCGGACGUAGAGACCUACGCGUCGUGACAUCGUCAACGAGGGGAUCCAUCAUCGGGGCAUUGGAGGCGGCGGCGCCAGCAGUACAACAGGAGGCGAUCCAGAACCUCGUGAGGGACCAGUACGCCAACACCACCCGCAACACGCGGGACUCGAGAUGGAACCUCUGGACUCGCCUUGCUACAUCAUGGAAAUUACCGCCUCUCCCGAUCACGGCAGAGCUCGUCCAGGCCAUCGCAUCCAGCCUCAAGCGAGGCAGAUACCGUUCCUCGGCACAAGUCUUCAGUAUGGCAAGACAGCAGCAUGUCGCACACACCGGAUGCAGACUCUCCGCGGACAUCGAGCAGCAGAUCACCAUGUCCAUCAGGAGCAUCGAGCGGGGUCUAGGCCCAUCAACGCUCAAGGACGCAUUCAUUGUCGAGGACCUGGCAGCCACAACGGACAGCUCCACUACACCACCACCAGCGGAAGACCAUUGGGCAGAGUACCUCUACGACUGCGUCCUCGUUACCAUCAUCUGCUGCUGGUGGAUGCUUCGGGGCAUCGAAGUAGCAGCAGCUCGGUUCUCCAACGUUUGGUUCGAGACCACCGCCUUUGGCAGGUUGGCGUUCUUCACGCUCCCCUGUCACAAAACAGACACAAUUGGUAUGUGUAUUACACGGUCGCGCCCAUGCACAUGUUCCGACAACUUGGCGGCCCUCUGUCCAUACCAUGCUUUGGACACAUUCAUUCGGCGCAACCAUCGCCCGGGCACCGACAGAAAUGACGAGUACCUCUUCUAUGGACGGCGAGGCGGACCCAUCACGCACCUGGAGACCAUCGAAGUGUUCCGAAAGGCCAUCGCAAGCACCGGCGCCGAGCUCACCAGACCCGAUCCCCAGGGACAGCUUCUACAUCGCUUCAACGAACAUGUGUGCAGAGUCUCUGGAUCUCAGUUCUUGACACGACUGGGAUAUCCCCUGGAGACCGUGCAACUUAUCGGUUGCUGGGGCAGCGACGCAGUACGCCGAUACGUCCAAGAA